UUCUGUCCCCUGCAACAGAGCCCUCCAUUCUCUCUGGACGUGCCAGUCAUGAAGCCUUAUUUAAUGACCAUUUCCAUCCUUCUGAUCCUGGUUCAUAAGACUCCAGGUGGUCUGUUCAGAUCCUCUUACGGCAAGAAACAGGAAGAGCCUUGGAAUCCAUGCCAGCUGUACCAUGGCACGUGCCGAAAUGCCUGCAGAAAACAUGAAAUUCUAUACUUAACCUGUCUAGAUGAUCAGAAGUGUUGCCUGAAAUUUUCUAAGAAAAUAGCCAAUGCUAACGAGAAGGAGGAUUCGGACUCCGACUCCAACUAGUCUUUUACGAACCCUUCAAGCUACUCUCGGAUUUGAAUAUCAGCAACCUUACCCCCUCCUGGGGUAAUUCCUCUCCCACUUGGAACAUCCCUCCCAUAAAAAUGCAUUCCUUCUCAUGUGUGUGUCUUUCAUCUGUGAGCAGCCGUUAUUGGACAGAGAAAGGAAGGUUAGGCUGGGAGCUGGGGGGCCACCGAGUAUAGACAAGGGCAAAAAAGCAAAUAAGAUAUGAGGGUAGCUCGGUAGAUGUUGAAGAAAGGGAGGAGACCACGUUUCUGCUCUGCUUUGGUACACGAAGACGGUUAUAAUUUGUUCUGGAGGCUGCAGAGGAGGGGUGAAAACUGAAUUGAGUCUGGGUGAUCCAGUGAACAAGCAGAGGAGGUCUUUAAGUCCCCUGAGUAAACGUGGUCGGAUCAGAACAGGGACAACAGAGUUGGCUUUUUAUAUUCAGACAACCAUGAUGUGUUUAGGAAGAACCAGAACCGGACAGAUGGAUGGCUAGAACUGAGUGUAGGAAUCCGUUGAACAAAUUAGGACACGUUUUUCUUUCAUUUUUUCUCUUUUUUG